AUGGCUCGUCCCAAGAGAAAGGGCGAGGCCGGUGCCGCCCGCAACUACGUCACCCGCAACCAGGCGGUGCGCAAGCUGCAGCUGAGCCUGCCCGACUUCCGCAAGCUGUGCAUCUGGAAGGGCAUCUAUCCGCGUGAGCCGCGCAGCAAGAAGAAGGUGUCCAAGUCGUCGACGGCGUCGACGACGUUUUACUACGCCAAGGACAUCCAGUACCUGCUGCACGAGCCGCUGGUCAACCGGUUCCGCGAGCAAAAGGCCCUCGAAAAGAAGAUCUCGCGGGCGCUCGGCCGCGGCGACGUGACGGAUGCCAAGCGCUUCGAGCGCAACGCCGCGCGGCCCGAGAAGACGGGGCGGCCCCGCUACACGCUGGACCACGUCAUCCGCGAGCGGUACCCGACGUUUGUGGACUCGCUGCGCGACCUCGACGACUGCCUGUCGAUGCUGUUCUUGUUUGCCAACCUGCCGUCGACGUCGUCGGUGCCGGCCAAGAUGAUUGCGCGGUGCGAGCGGCUGUGCCUCGAGUUCCAGCACUACCUGAUUGUGUCGCACUCGCUGCGCAAGUCGUUUCUGAGCAUCAAGGGCGUCUAUUUCCAGGCCAGCAUCCAGGGCGAGGACGUCACGUGGCUCGUGCCGUACAAGUUCAACCAACGCGUGGUGGGCGACAUUGACUUCCGCAUCAUGGGCACCUUUGUCGAGUUCUACAUGACGCUGCUGGGCUUUGUCAACUUCCGCCUGUACACGGCCGUGGGGCUCAAGUACCCGCCCAAGUUCGACCAGGCCAAGGACGACGGCGCCGGCGAGCUCGGUGCGUUUACGCUCGAGGACGCUGCGGCGGUCAACGGCCAGCCUGCGGCGGAGACCGCCGCGGCCACAAAGGCCGCCGGCCCGGACCCCAAGGUGCAGGCCGAGGUCAACAAGCUGGUUCGGGAGCUCAAGGACGAGGAGGCGGGCCGGGCGGACACCACAGACGCUUCUGAAACUGCUGAACCUGCCGACGCCGACGUCGUGUCCGACGCCAUUGACAAGUUUGAGCCGGCGGCCCAGGGCGGCGACGUGCUGCCGCAGCCGUCGUACAGCGCCAGCAACCCGCGCCAGCUCUUCUCCAAGUGCACCAUCUACCUGUCGCGCGAGACGCCGCGUGGCUCGCUCGAGUUCUUGCUGCGGGCGUUUGGCUGCAAGCGCAUCGGCUGGGACGCGGUGCUCGGCGAGGGCGCCUACACGACCAACGAGAUGGACCCCAACAUUACGCACCAGAUUGUGGACCGGCCGCCCGUCACUGUGACGGCGACGAGCGACGGCGAACAGGGCAAACAAGACAAGGAAGACAACCAGACGGCGCAGAAGCUGGCGGCCAACCGCCGCGUGGCCGGCCGCAUCUACGUGCAGCCGCAGUGGGUGUGGGACAGCGUCAACGCCGAGGAGCUGCUGCCGGCGGACGUGUACGCACCGGGCGCACAGCUGCCGCCGCACCUGAGUCCGUUUGUGAAGAGCGUGCAGGGCCAGUACGACCCGUCGCUGCCGCUGGACCAGCAGCAGACCGAGAUGGAGGCGCUCGAGUCGGAUGCCGAGGCGGACGAGGAUGAGGACGACGAGGACGAGGACAACGACGACGACGAGGCGGCGGCCGUGGAGGCGGACGUCGAAAAGGUCAAGAAGGCCAAGGCGGCCAAGAAGGCUGCGGCGACGCAAGAGUCUGACGACGACAGCGACCACGGCAUGGACGUGGCCGGUACGGACGAUGAGGAGGAGGAGGAGGAGGAGGAAGACGAGAAGGCGACGGCCGCGCCCAAAAAGGUGUCUCAGAGCGUGGGCGAGACGGAGGACGCCGACGAGGACGAGGAAGAGGCCGACAGCGCGCUGCAGCGCCAGCUGGAGCUCGAGGCCGAGCUGUCGGGCAAGCCCGUCCGCAGCGCCCACAACAAGGCGCCGCUGGACGCCCGCGCCAAAGCCAAGGCCAACGCGCGCAAGGCGCUGGCACGCGACGCCAAGCAGCGGCAGGACGAGCUGGAGCGGGCCAAGGGCAUGCUGCCGAAGAAGAAGCGGCGGCUGUACGAGCAGAUGGUGUACACCAACACCAAGCGCAGUGCCGAGGACGAGAAGCUGCGGGCCAAGCGCCGGAAGCUGGAGCGGAAGAACGCCAAGGCGCAGGCUUAG